AGUGCGGGGGCAGCAGACGCGCCUCUCCUGACGGGUGCCCGUCAGGGCUCUCUCAAAAUCCGACUGAUUACAUGAUCUGUUCGGCAAACACAGCACUAUGUGGAACCCCAGCCCGGUCCCUCAGGUGUCGUGGGACACCACGUUGAAGGAAGCGGGCGAGAGCUGGAGGGGAACUGUUGCGUGCCUCCUCCUGGGGAUACUUUUUGUCGUUACUAUCGGCUUGGUUUACUGGCAAGUCGUGGAUCAUUCACACAAAACCUGGAUACUCCAAGGCCAACUUAGCGAGUUCCAGUGGGAUCGCCGCAGCCAUCAUCUACUUCUCCAGACUCCGGCUGGGGAUAAAACUUACUUGAACAUUGCUGUUGGGGAUCUGGCGAACCCUGAAGUUGGUGUACCAUUUGUUCGGAACUUGUGUUGGUUAAAUAAAACGAGAUUCUGCUAUAGAUGGGAGUCGCAGGUGGAUGUUCGAAUUUCUCUUGUUCCCGGUGACUCGCAGCACACUGAGUGCUAUAAUGUCACCUGGGAACCAUUACAUUGUCAUGUGGAAGUGAAGAACUGCUUCUCUAUGGCGGGCGUGAAGUGGUAUGGCGGGGCUGGUGUGAAAUCGCAGCGCUGGCCCAUCAACGAGCAGAGCGCACCGCUGCAGCCCUACACGCUCAGCGACCUGUCACUCAGACCGGCUGCCUACGGGUCUGUUCUGGAACAUUAUUUUCUCUCUUCCUCAGGUGUGGCUAUCCUUCUGUCGCCCACGGUGCCCUUGCAGGUUGGCAUGGAGAGGGAGCAGCAGCAGCUGUGUGUGCGUGUGGAGCCGGGCACACUUCCACAGCCUCUGCACUACAGGGUGUGUGUGGCACGCAACCUGAAGGAGGCUCACCAGGUCAUGACGCGCAUGCGCUACGCCAGCACGCCUGUCAUGCCUAACACAGGCAUCUUACGGUCUUCUCUGUGGAAGUUUCAAGAGCAUGUGAGUUCUACUGAGAGGCUGGAGCAUGAUCUGAGGACCUUCUCCAACCGUCUGAAGAGGCACACACUCGGGCCAGCUGUUAUCAGCCUGGACGAGCCGUCCACCAGCCUUCUGCUGGACUCUACUCACAGGCACUUACAUUGGAAGAGUCUGGUGCACCACCUGAACCUCUCCAUCACAGUCUCGCCGUUCCUCAGCCUCAAGUCCCUACAGGGUCAAAGGUCGCAGAGGACGUCAGCGCAUCAGAGGUCAUGGAUCAGCACAGGGAGAGGAAGCAGUCAGCAGGCUCCACUCCUGACCUGGUGGAGGGGAGAGCUGUGCGUGAAGCUGGACUUGUCCUGCCCCACUUCAGCACGAUGGCUCUCAGGGCAGGUGGCAAUGGUUUCUGCCCACCUUGGAGCGGAGUAUGUGGUCAUGGAGGCAGGGGAGGGUAGCCCCCCAGACGAGGACUCUGUGAGUGCAGGAGCAUACCUCAGGAGGCUGGGCCGAAUCGCAGCCCAGGCUGGAGACACAACCAUACUCACCUCAGCUUCAGGAUUCAGUGAAUUGGGGUUGCUUGUGCGGAUGCCUGCUCUCCCAGCAGACUGGAGGUACUCAGGGUUGAAGGGCAUUAUACCGGCCAUGUUGCUGCACAGCCUCAUGGGAUAUCCCUUCUUCAUUCCCGACGCCGUAGGGGGUUCCUUGGCACAUGAGGACGAGGUGGAUGAAGAGUUGUUUAUUCGCUGGCUGGAACUCUGCUCUUUUCUGCCUGUCCUCUCCUUUCAGAAACCUCCUUGGAGUUUUGACAGUGACUGGGUGUUGAACCUGACCAGGUCCUACCUGUCUCUGCACGUGGACUUUGUGGUGCCGCUCCUGCACAAGUACACCCAGGAGUGGAGCGUCAGCCGCAACCCCAUCUACAGGCCCAUUUGGUGGCUGACCCCUGACGACCCCCAGACUUUUACCAUCGACAACCAGUUUCUGAUCGGAGAUGAGGUGCUGGUUGCCCCGGUGACAGACAGAGGGGCGCUGUGGAGGGACAUAUACCUGCCGGGAGACGAGCUGCAGUGGCAGGAGCGCAGCACGGGUCAUGUGUUCCAGGGCGGAGUGCUGCUGCAGCGCUAUCCGGUGGGACUGGAACAAGUGGCCGUGUUUACAAGGAUCCACUCCUGAGGGAGGCUUCACUGAGCCUGGUCAGCAUGGUCAGGAUGCACAACUGAAGGACAUUGUUGUGGCCACGUUCAAGAUGCACGCCUAAAAGAUACUGUUUUGGCCACAUUGAAGCCAAACACCUCAAGGACACUGUUUUGGGUGUGUUCAAGCUGCUGAUGUGAAGGACACUCCUUUGGCCACUUCACCUGAAGUUUAAGAAUAUCAAUUUGGCCAUAUAAGAGCUGCAUACUCAAGGGGCACCAUCCUGGCCAUGUUCAUGUCACACACCUGAAAGAAACCACUUUGGCAGCACUAAGAGAAAUGCAGCACUCAGAAAGGAACUAGACCCUAUGAGGUAGCUGCACAAACUGUGAUGGUCUGUUUGAGCGCUUUAAAGGGCUAAAUGUAUGACAAAGGUCAUUAGAGACCCCUCAUCUGCUUACUGAGCCAGAGACACUUACAUGUUCUGUUGCCGAGCUGUCUGUCUGUAGGUCUCCAGACUGUUGGAGCACAUGACUCAUAAACACCUGAUUUUUUUAUGAUGUGGUUUUUGAAGAAUAUUAAAGUUAUAAUUUUGA